UCAUUAAUAACUAAUUAGGCCCGGGGGUCACACCAGCCACUUAUAUAAAGAGACCCAUCACAGCCCGGUGCUGCAGCAGUUUCCUACGCGCACACAGUCUGGAGCGAGGAGGACGGACUCUGCCUCUGUGUCCAGCCCCGUUCAUUCACCGCUUCCUUCCCCUCCUCUCUCUCUCUCUCUCUCUCUCUCUCUCUCGCUCUCUCUCUCUCUUACGCAUCAUGGGCUCCGUGCUGCCCGCCGACGCUCUGGCUCUGAAGCCCGGAUUUAAGUGCUCCGGCCGCUCGCUGUCGGACGUGAUCACCUCGGACAUCCUGCACAGCUUCCUGUACGGCAGGUGGAGGAACGUGCUGGGCGAACACCUGGCGGAGGAGCGGCAGAGCGGCAGCAGCCCCAAGACCGCCUUCACGGCGGAGGUUCUGGCCCAGUCCUUCGCUGGAGAGGUGCAGAAGCUCUCCAGCCUGGUGCUUCCCAGCGAGGUGAUCAUCGCCCAGAGCUCCAUCCCGGGAGAAGGCCUGGGGAUCUUCUCCAAGACCUGGAUCAAAGCCGGAACAGAGAUGGGCCCCUUCACAGGGAGACUCCUGUCCCCCGAACACGUGGACUUGUUCAAGAACAACAACCUGAUGUGGGAGGUGUUCAAUGAGGACGGCACGGUGCGGUACUUCAUCGAUGCCAGCCAGGAGGACCACCGCAGCUGGAUGACCUACAUAAAGUGCGCUCGGAACGAGCAGGAGCAGAACCUGGAGGUGGUGCAGAUCGGCAGCAGCAUCUUCUAUAAAGCAGUGGAGACCAUUCCGCCUGACCAGGAGCUCCUUGUCUGGUAUGGAAACACGCACAACACAUUCCUGGGAAUUCCUGGAGUUCCUGGGAUGGAUGAAGAACACCAGAAGAAAAGCAGGAAUGACGACUCCCACUCCACCGAGGGGCCCUCUUUGUGUUCUCCUCCUUCCGUCGCCGUCACCUCCACGGGCCGGAUGCGCUGCGUCAUCUGCCACCGCGGCUUCAACUCCCGCAGCAACCUGCGCUCCCACAUGCGCAUCCACACCCUGGACAAGCCCUUCGUGUGCCGCUUCUGCAACCGCCGCUUCAGCCAGUCGUCCACGCUGCGGAACCACGUCCGCCUGCACACCGGCGAGCGGCCGUACAAGUGCCACGUCUGUCAGAGCGCGUACUCCCAGCUGGCGGGCCUGAGGGCGCACCAGAAGAGCGCACGGCACAAACCUGUGGCGCACGCCUCCGACGCGCCCCCGCAGGUUUCCCCUCCCCCUCCUCCUCCACCUGCGCCGCAGAUAGCCGCCAUGCAGCAUCAGAUGCCUCUGGUCCACCACAUUCCCACCAUGGUGUUAUGAUGGCUGACACCGGGUCAGGCUGUGGCUUAGAACAACGACGCACUUUAGACGCAAAGCUGUGGUGGAAAUGUAAAGAAGCGCUGAUGUAAUUAUGAAUCUUCUUUGGAAUUUUUUUUUUUUUUUUCCUUUCUUGUAAUGUCUUCACAUUUGACCGUCAUGUGGUCAGAAUGUAGGCAUUAAGAUUUAUCCGUGCAGAUUAUGGUAAAUUAAUUAACUUGUUUUGUUUUUCCUUUUGAUUUGUUUGUUUUGUUUUCUCCUUAUAAAGCGAGACAAAAUGAACAGAUGAUGUACUGAACUUCACACAAAUGUUCUUAUCACGUUCAGCAUCGGUCAGAUUUAUUGAGCAAAUUCCACGAUGGUCAAACUGUUUCCUCACUGUAAAAUAUAAAUGGUCACUUUAAACCUGUACAGAAUGGAGACUUGUGUAAUUGUAAAAUUGUAUCAUGUGAAUGUAAAUACAUUUGUGCAUUCUUCUAUUCUAAAUAAAUGAUAUGCGAUUUAAAUGGU